AUGGAAAGAAGAGAGGGUGAAAAAGAAGAGGAAAAAUUGAGACGAAGUGCUCAAUUGAGGUAUGACUAUGCUGGUUAUGGAAGAUCCACAGGAAAGCCCACUGAGUAUAAUACAUAUGCAGACAUUGAAGCAGCAUAUAAUUGUCUCAAGGAACAGUAUGGAGUAGCUGAUGAGGACAUAAUCUUAUAUGGCCAAUCUGUUGGAAGUGGUCCGACGAUUGAUCUUGCCUCACGAGUGCCGAACUUGAGGGCUGUAGUUUUACAUAGUCCCAUUCUUUCUGGAUUACGAGUACUAUAUCCUGUCAAACGCACAUAUUGGUUUGACAUCUACAAGAAUAUUGACAAAAUUGGCUUGGUAAACUGUCCAGUCCUUGUCAUUCAUGGCACAUCGGAUGAUGUUGUUGACUGCUCACAUGGAAAGCAGCUAUGGGAGCUUAGCAAAGUAAAGUACACGCCCUUGUGGCUUAGUGGUGGCGGCCACUGCAAUCUCGAGUUGUACCCUGACUUCAUACGCCACCUUAAGAAAUUCAUUUCGUCUGUUGCUAAGCAAGCUGCAAAGAAUGGCUCGAAAGAACGAACGGUGAAAGACGGCGCCCAUAACAACAAUAAGGACAUUAUUGAGAUUAUACCCUCUGAGAGACCACGAACACAGGAAGCCGCCCACCGUCCUGAGGCUUCGAGGAACAGUUUAGACAGUCGAGUUGUGAAAUCCAAGGCGGCAGAUCUUCCCGAGAAGUCGAGGAUGAGUUCAGAUGAUGUCGAUAAGUUCAGAAGGAGGCGAUGCUUAGUUUGGUGAUCAGCAAUCAUGGCCUUAACUGAAGCAUUUAUUUGAAUAAGUUACUCACUUUGUUUAGACUUCGAGUGAUGCUAUAAUCGUGUACUCGACACCUUACAGAUCCUCCUCCAUUGGGAAAAGACAUAAUACUUUGAAUUUGGUACUGGUAGCAUUGUUGUGGAGAAGCGGCAAAGGUUAGUUCGAAGACCAAAAACUGGUAUAGCUAAUUGUCCGAUGAAAGGAGCCAUCACAGUCUUGACUUUGGUAUGACAUUUUUUUUCUCCAUAACAUUUUCUGUACCAUCACUGGGUCAUCCAUCCUGCUGGUUGUAACUUUUUUUUUUCUCUAUUUAUUGUUUUGCUAAUCACGAUCAAAUGUUGAGCACUUGUUUACAUUCGAAAAAUUUGAGAUAAGCAUAAGUUAGGCGAUGCUUAAUCUGUAUGUGCAUUUCUAGAUAUGUUAACUUCAACUGUAUGAUUGUUCUGGUUCCAAAGAAUAAAGUGGUUCACUUUAACAUUUGUUUCUCUGAA